GUAGCUGCCAAUAUCGAGUGUCACCAAGUAACUUUUGUCUUAAGCACUGUCAGAUGGACGUAAAGGCAAUGAUCUGCUCUUUUUUGCUAUCUUGGUAAUCCACUUACUACUCUUAUCUAAUCAAACUAUUUCAUAACACGGAUUUCAACGCUCCAUGGCUAGCUGCCCAUGCAUUCCUCGUUCUAUGCGACAAUGGUGGAUUCGACGUCAGGCUAACAGGAUACCGAAAGGUAUGGCUCCACAUUCUGUCCUUGUCACGGGUGCUAACCGAGGAUUAGGCCUUGGCUUGGUCAAGCGGCUUUUGGAAAACAAAAAGAUCCACUACGUAAUUGCUACCGCUCGCGAGCCAGAUAAGGCCGAAGAACUCAAUCGGAUUCGCGACAAACGGUUAACAGUUUUGAAAUUAGAUCUGGACGACGAUGAUUCUAUUGAAAAUUUGUACGCUCAGGUGCAAAAGAUUGUUGGAAAUCACGGUCUUACGGUCCUCAUAAACAAUGCUGCGAUCUAUGUAAACUAUUGCACGAAUCAACAGCCCAAUCGCAAUGACCUUAUCAGAAUUUUCAACACUAAUGCAGUGGGUGCAACUGUACUCACACAGACACUCCUUCCAUUGCUACGCAAGGCAGCAAGUCAGGCAUUCUCGGAAGAGCUUUCCUUCGAUAGAGCUGCUGUGAUCAACAUCUCGUCCACAGUGGGUUCGCUAUCAAAAAAUCGUGUGGGUUCAGGACCUAACGAUGACCUGCUGGCUUACAGAAUGAGUAAGUCUGCUUUGAAUUCUAUUAUGAAGACCAUGUCUGUUGACCUAGAACCAGAUCAUAUUCUCGUCGUGAUGUUCUGCCCUGGUUGGGUACAAACCGGCAUGGGUGGGGCCAAAGGAGAGCUAACGGUCGACGAAUCGACGAAGGCCCUCAAUUCUUCAUUUUACAAGCUGACGAAGGAACACAAUGGUGGCUUUUAUCGGCGAGAUCUUGAACCUAUCCCGUAUUGAAACCUUUCCAUUAAGAUCGUGAAACUAUCAUGUUUUUGCAUUUCUUUUUUGGUCGUUGUCCAUACGUUACAUGUAUUUAUGAUUGUCUCAGAGCUUUCACAAGG